UCUCCCCUUGCUUCCUCGGCUCAGUGUCAUGCAUGAGCCCGUCGGUAGCUUUCUGCUCCGUUCAUCUUGGUCCGAUACUGCCGGUGAUGCUCUGACUCGGGAUUGUGUGUUUGAAACAGCGAUUCAGUUCAAGCUUGCCACUAUUCAGCUCUGUUGAUGGCGCCUUCGGAGUCGCAUUCAAUCGGGAUCCAUUGCAAGAAUGACUCGGCUGACGUGCCUGCCAAACUUACUCGCUUGGUAUCUGUUUCAUAAAAUAGCCCGCGGUCGCCUUCUUCCCCAUCCACGAGCACUUCGGCUCACACGAGUGUUGAAUGCUGAAGGUGGUCCAGUUCUAGACUUGGCAGUGGUGGAUGCAAACAGAUGCCUCCGCGGUCUAUCGCCACGGCUAAUCACUCGUCAACAAACGUGUGCAUCAACAAGUAGUAAGAACAAUAAAAAUAAACAAGUGAGCACAGCAGAGCAGUAGAG